CUGCAUUUUCCCGCGCGAUUCCCUCCUUCCUUGCGAGGGACCAUGGCAGAGUUUGACUCGGGCGCUUUGCCGGACUUGCUGCCCCUUUAUUACCGCCGCCUCUUCCCCUUCGGCCCUUAUGGACGGUGGCUGCGCUACGGCGACGUGACGAAAAAUUACUUUCAGCGGCGAGAGUUUUCAUUCACGCUUCGCGAUGAUAUCUAUGUACGGUACCAGUCUUUCAACACACCCCAAGAACUGGAGAAAGAGAUACAGAAAACGUGUCCAUACAAAAUUGACAUUGGAGCCGUGUAUUCACACAAGCCCAUCCAGCACAACACAGUUCACCUAGGCGCUUUCCAGGCCCAAGAGAAAGAGCUGGUGUUUGACAUAGACAUGACAGAUUAUGAUGAUGUUAGAAGAUGCUGCAGCUCUGCAGAGAUCUGCUCCAAAUGCUGGACUCUCAUGACUAUAGCCAUCCGCAUCAUAGAUCGAUCGCUUGUAGAGGAUUUUGGCAUCAAGCACCGCCUCUGGGUAUAUUCAGGACGGAGAGGAGUGCACUGCUGGGUGUGUGAUGAUUCAGUCCGGAAGUGGUCUUCAACACUCCGCUCCGCAGCCGUGGAAUAUCUCACCAUAGUGAAGGGUGGCGAAGAGACCAUCAAGAAGGUGGUUCUACUGGAAAAUAUUCACCCUUUCAUCAGGAAAUCAAUAGACGUGAUAAAGGAAUAUUUUGAAGAAUACGCCCUUGUUGGUCAAGACAUACUUGGAAGUAAAGAGAGCUAUGAAAAAGUGUUGGCUUUGGUCCCGGAAUCAGUCCGAGAAAAUAUUUCGUCAGAAUUUCGGAAGAAAAACCAUGAUUCACUCCAGCGCUGGAGCAUUUUGAAAAAACAGAUAAAACAACGCACCGAGUGGGAAAUCAUGCUGCAGUACUGCUUUCCUCGGCUGGAUAUUAAUGUCAGCAAAGGAAUUAACCACUUGCUGAAGAGCCCCUUCAGUGUUCACCCCAAGACAGGUCGUAUUUCAGUACCAAUUGACCUUAAGAAAGUGGAUGGGUUUGAUCCAUUUGCUGUUCCCACUAUCAGUCAACUCUGCCAUGAGCUGGACACAAUUAAGAAGGACGACGUAGAUGGAAAAGAAAACGGAGGAGACGCAGAAGGCUCCCGGAAGAGCAGGGAUUACAGGAAAACCAGCCUUGCUCCAUAUGUGAAAGUCUUUGAGCAAUUUGUUGAGGAACUGGAAAGCUCACAGAGAGGGGAACGUCUCAAUGCCAGUGACAUGCAGAUGGAUUUCUAAAGUUCUUGAUGCACAGAAAUGACACCCAUUUCAUCCAACCAGUUAAUUGUCAUCACAUGUGGAAAGGAUAUAUUUAAAUAUUUUCUUUAAAUUUUGCAGUGACCAACUUUUUACAGAACCAAGCAACACUGACUUUUUGGUUAUGCUCCAAGUCCUUGACUAUAUCAUCAACACUCACUCCCCCCUGCAGGUAUCCCUUAAGCAUGCUUGCCCUGCUGCCUGUUUCAGCACUUUCAUUGUAUUCUACCCAUUUAGUUAAUAUUUCUCAGCAUAACACAAUCUGGGUUAGGUUAUCACUUAAGCAAGCUUUGCACUUCAAAACCAGAUGUAAAUAAAAUACAAAUAGUGCAAUUCUGGCCUCCAUGUUUAAUAGUGACUAAUCGACGUGAGUCUCUGCCUUAUGGGUGGCCAAUCAAGGAAACUAGCAAACGUGAUUAAUUCAUAUUAUAUCAUCGAUUUCAAAUUGUGUCCAUUUUUGAAACACCCUGUAGUUCCAUUGUUUAUUAAUUUUUCACUCAGACAUUGCUAGAACUUUUGCUUGGGGGAGAGAGCAGGGAGACACUAUGACUUCUAUUCUUAUUCUCUGCUGUUUGCUUGUUUGUUAUCUAUAGUGCUGGGGAAUUCUGGGAAUUCUAUUCCAAAACCAGUAAAUUUUCCAAACUGAUUUCAACACAGUAAUGAUAAAGGGACUAAAUGUGUGAUGUAUUAGAAGUUUUGCAUUCAACCAUAGAUUAAAACAACCCCAACAACCUGGGAGGAUAGAAGAAAAACUGAAAUGUCUAAUUGUGUGACAGGCAGUACAUUUUUGUGCCAUUAACAUCCAUGUAUAUUAGAACCCUCCUGCUCUGACACUGGGGCCCCAUCUACACUGCCAUAUAUUCUGGUUUCGGAAUGCAGAUUAUCUGCAUUGAACUGGAUUAUAUGGCAGUGUAGACUCAUCCAAUUCAAAGAGGUUAGUAUGCAUUCUGAAACUGCAUUAUAUGGCAGUGUAGAUCCAGCCUGAGUUCUAACUGAAUGGUUGGAGCUUAUUCAGUGCAAUACCAUAGUUAUUCAGUACCCUCUUCUGAGUGCUGUUUAAGGAUAAAUCAAUCCAGUAUCGCACUCCAAGAUGGGAGAGGGAAUUGGGAGCACAAUUACAGAAAGGGGAAAACAUCUCCACACAAUGCCAGUGACAGCUGGUGACUUCUAGGUCAUUGGGGCAUUGUAACUGCACCAGAGUGCAUUCAUUGCCCCACUGGCAUGAAGGUCACCACCUGCUGCUGCUGUAAGAUGAUAAAUCUGAGGCGAGGGUAACAGGAAGCUUUCCUCUACUUAUAGGCAUCUCUUUUCUAUGCAUAGUGCAUCAAGAUUGGUUGUGUGUUGCUUUUUGUUCAUAGACACUCACAAGGAUGGUCUUUUGGGGUUAAAGGACAUGGAUAUAGUAAUACAUCUGGAAAACUAGUGGUUGCUUCCAAUUCAGCAAAUAAGUAGUAGGAUACAGACUUAACCUUAAAAAGUUAUGUCAGCAGCUCUAUCAUAAACCUUUAAAGCAGGAAUAGGAUUGGUAUGCACCUCCAGAGGUAGUUAGGUUGCAACUCAUAUCAACCUUAAGCAGCAUAGCCAGUGGGUAAGGAAUGGGGACAGCUGUCAGUCAACAUCUGGGGGGCCUGAUUCCCAUGCCAUCUGAAAAAUACAAAUAGCUAAAUGAGUGUGAUAACUGUUUCUGGUACAAUGCCUCUUAUUCUCUCUGUGUGUUUGUUGACAUUAUUUCUUUCUCUUAUGAGGAUUGUUACUUUUUCUUAUGAGUAAUGGGUUCCAUUUUGUCCUUUCAUCUGCUUAUAUAUAUUUAAACUAUAACUGUCUUUGCAAAUAUUUUUCUAAAUAAAAAGUUUCAUAAAUUA